AUGCUAUCAACUAUUGUUAAUAUUCAACCAAAAGAUAGCGGAGGAGGUGGAGGUGAAACAAGAGAAUCUGUUGUCUACAAAAUGGCUGAUGAUAUUUUACAAAAAUUACCACCCGAUUAUAAUCCAUUCGAGGUAAAAGAAAGAUUAAUUAAAAUGGAUCAUUUAAAACCGCUUCAUAUAUUUUUAAAACAAGAAGUUGAUCGUAUGCAACGUGUUAUAUCCAAUGUUCGUACAACAUUGAGUGAUUUAAAAUUAGCAAUUGAUGGUACAAUUAUAAUGUCAGAAAAUUUACGUGAUGCAUUAGAUAACAUAUUUGAUGCGCGUAUCCCAAGUACAUGGAGAAAAAUGUCAUGGGAAUCAGCAACUCUUGGAUUUUGGUUCACGGAUUUACUUGACAGGAAUGCUCAAUUUAGUAAUUGGCUUUUUGAAGGUCGUCCAAUUUGCUAUUGGAUGACAGGAUUUUUUAAUCCCCAAGGCUUCCUCACUGCUAUGAGACAAGAAGUGGCCAGAGCAAAUAAAUAUGCCCUAGAUGAUGUAGCUUUAACAAACGAUGUGACGAAAUUAAUGCGUGAAGAAUUAACUAAAGGUCCAACUGAAGGUGUUUACAUUCACGGUCUUAGUUUAGAUGGAGCUGGUUGGGAUCGUAAACAAGCUAGACUAAUGGAACCGCUACCAAAACUAUUGUACACUCCACUCCCAGUAGUGCAUGUAUCUGCAUUUUCUCAAUCAAUCGGUGAGAAAAGUAAACCUGGGAUAUUCUAUUCAUGUCCAGUUUACAAAAAGCCUAAACGUACCGAUUUGAAUUACAUAUUUCCUUUAAUGCUUCGUAGUGCAGUAGAUGCAGAUCAUUGGAUUUUAAGGGGAGUUGCUCUUUUAGGUGAUGUUAAAUAG